AUGGCACCUCUUUAUCAAGAUUUGCAAAUGAGGCAGAAGGCUCCCCAUGGGAUCCUAAAGCUUGUUUUCAAGGGACAGAAUCCUCACUUUCCCACGGAAGCCUGGGGUGACUUACUGGUUCAUUUGAACUGUUUACUGUUUAUUCGUCAAAUAGCAAAAGACUCCAGGGCAAAUGCUUGUGAGAAUAAGUGUAGAAAUAACAAGAAUCAUAUUCUGGCAGCAACAAAAGUUAUUAUAAAGAAGAACAGAGUGAAAAACAAGAAUAAAGAUGACUGCAAGCAAGGGUCUCACCUGCCAGUGAUUUGUACAAAAGAUGGUCUUGACUUACAACGAUGUGAAAUUGAUAUGAUUCAGCAAAAGUGUGCUUAG